AGAGGAUCCAAGUUUUCCAGAUGAAGUCGCUGAUUCUUCUGUGCCUCCUGAGUCCCCUGGUGAAGGGGCAAUGGGACCCAAACGCGCAGUCUGGAAGGAGUACCUUCGUCCACCUGUUUGAAUGGCGGUGGGAGGACAUCGCUGCAGAAUGCGAACGGUUCCUCGGCCCCAAGGGAUUCGCGGGUAUCCAGGUGUCACCUCCGGGCGAGAACGUGAUCGCAUGGUACGACAGCGGACCCCAGAGACCCUGGUGGGAGAGAUACCAGCCGGUCUCAUACAGACUGGAGACGCGGUCCGGCUCUGAAUCGCAAUUCCAGGACAUGGUCUCGAGGUGCAAUGCCGCCGGUGUCAGGAUUUACGUCGAUGCUGUAAUCAAUCACAUGACGGGAUGGUGGCCGUCGGGGACCCCGGCAACUGGGGGAUCUUCUUUUGAUGCCGGCUCUCUCAGUUACCCUGACUUCUCGGGCUCUGACUUCAAUGGACCCAACGAGUGCCCAUCUGCAUCUGGUAACAUCGAAAAUUACCAGAAUCCCAUCGAGGUACGGAACUGCAAGCUGGUCGGCUUGAACGAUCUGAAGCAAAACAGCGACUAUGUGGCCGGAGUCUUAGCGGGAUACAUGAACAAGCUGAUCGACUACGGAGUGGCCGGAUUCAGAAUAGACGCCUCCAAACACAUGUGGCCUGGUGAUCUCGGUAGCAUCUUCAGCCGGCUCUCAAAUCUCAACACGAAUCACGGAUUUCCAUCUGGGACGAGGCCGUUCAUCUUCCAGGAAGUCAUCGAUCUUGGUGGAGAGCCGAUCACUGGAAGUGAAUACGUGGGCAACGGACGAGUCACGGAAUUCAAGUACGGCAAGUUCCUGGGCGAAAUUUUCCGCAAGCAAAAUCAACUCCAGUACGUCGAAAACUUCGGUGAGGGUUGGGGAAUGCUGGCUGGAGGUAAUGCCGUGGUGUUCACCGACAACCACGACAAUCAGAGAGGGCAUGGAGCCGGAGGAGACAUGAUCCUCACCUUCAGGGUUCCAAGACUUUACAAGAUGGCUAAUGCAUUCAUGUUGGCAUGGCCCUACGGAUAUCCCAAGGUCAUGUCGAGCUACUACUGGGACCAGAAUUGGCAAGGUGGACAGGAUCAGAACGAUUGGGUCGGACCGCCACAUGACGGAAAUUACAACACGUUGCCUGUGACAAUCAACGGAGACGGAUCGUGUGGGAAUGGCUGGAUCUGCGAACAUCGUUGGAGACAAAUCACCAACAUGGUCCAGUUCAGGAACAAUGUCGGACUCGAACCGGUGGAGAACUUCUGGUCGGGCACGGCACAUCAGAUCGCUUUCUCUCGAGGCUCGUCUGGAUUCAUCGCCAUCAACAACGACGAUUCUGCCUCUAUUCAAGGAGACUUCAUGACGGGUCUGCCGGCUGGGGACUAUUGUGACGUCAUCAGUGGUUCGCUGGAAAACGGCUCAUGCACUGGGAAGGUGAUCACCGUCAAUGGUAGUGGAAUGGCUAACAUCAACAUCUCUGCCUCCGAAGAGGAUCCUGUCAUCGCCAUCCACACUGGGGCAAAAAGGGGUGAAAGGGCACCAGGCCGACAUGUCAAGGUGAUCCAAGAUUUCAAGAUGAAAUCGCUGAUUCUCCUCUGUCUCCUGGGUCCCCUCGUGAAGGGCCAAUGGGAUCCGAACGUCCAGUCCGGAAGGAGUACCUUCGUCCAUCUGUUUGAAUGGCGGUGGGAGGACAUCGCUGCGGAAUGCGAACGGUUCCUCGGCCCCAAGGGAUUCGCGGGUGUCCAGGUUUCACCUCCGAGCGAAAACGUGGUAGCAUGGUACAACGACGGACCCAAGAGACCCUGGUGGGAGAGAUACCAGCCGGUCUCAUACAAACUGGAGACGCGGUCCGGCUCUGAAUCGCAAUUCCAGGACAUGGUCGCGAGGUGCAACGCCGUCGGAGUCAGAAUUUACGUGGAUGCUGUGAUCAACCACAUGACAGGAGGGUGGCCGUCGGGGACCCCGGCAACUGGGGGGUCUUACUUCGAUUCUGGCUCUCUCAAUUAUCCUGAUUACUCUGGCUGGGACUUCAAUGGUCCCAACGAAUGCCAUUCUUGGUCUGGUAACAUCGAAAACUACCAGAACCCCUCCGAGGUACGGAACUGCAAGCUGGUCGGCCUGAAUGACCUGAAGCAAAGCAACUCUUACGUAUCCGGAGUCUUGGUAGGAUACAUGAACAAGCUCAUCAGCUACGGAGUGGCCGGAUUCAGAAUAGACGCCUCCAAACACAUGUGGCCUGGUGAUCUCGGUAGCAUCUUCAGCCGGCUCUCAAAUCUCAACACGAAUCACGGAUUUCCGUCUGGGACGAGGCCGUUCAUCUUCCAGGAAGUCAUCGAUCUCGGCGGAGAGCCGAUCACUGGAAGCGAAUACGUGGGCAACGGACGAGUCACGGAAUUCAAGUACGGCAAGUUCCUGGGAGAAAUUUUCCGCAAGCGGAAUCAACUCAUGUGGGUUCAGAACUUCGGUGAGGGUUGGGGAAUGUUGCCUGGUAGCACUGCCGUGGUGUUCGUCGACAACCACGACAAUCAGAGAGGGCAUGGAGCCGGAGGAGACAUGAUUCUCACUUUCAGGGUUUCGAGACUUUACAAGAUGGCAAAUGCAUUCAUGUUGGCAUGGCCCUACGGAUUCCCCAAGAUCAUGUCGAGCUACUACUGGGACCAAAAUUGGCAAGGUGGACAGGAUAAGAACGACUGGAUCGGACCACCACAUGACGGAAAUUACAACACGUUGCCUGUGUCCAUCAAUUGGGACGGAACGUGUGGGAACGGCUGGAUCUGCGAACAUCGUUGGAGACAAAUCACCAACAUGGUCCAGUUCAGAAACUAUGCCGGAUUCGAACCGGUGGAGAACUUCUGGUCGGGCACGGCACAUCAGAUCGCCUUCUCUCGAGGCUCGUCUGGAUUCAUCGCCAUCAACAAUGACGAUUCUGCCUCCAUUCAGGGGAACUUCAUGACGGGUCUGCCGGCUGGGGACUAUUGUGACGUCAUCAGUGGCUCGCUGGAAAACGGCUCAUGCACCGGGAAGGUGAUCACUGUCAACGGCGGUGGAAUGGCAUAUAUUAACAUAUCUGCCUUCGAUGAGGAUCCUGUCAUCGCUAUCCACGUUGGGGUACGAUUGCGAAAAAUGCGUUGA